AUGACAACUUCUCCUCCCAAAUAUUUAGAAGAGGAUAACCUAAGUGAAGAGACUAAGAAAUUACUCUCUACCCUACCAAAAGAAAAAGGAUGGCUUGGAUCAUAUGCCUACAAUUAUCAAGGUUUUUGGGUACCACAAAAAUUUCUUCAAGCUGUGAUUGCAUUUCAACAACAAUUUCAAGUUCAAGAUAGUGAUAUCAUUCUCGUUACAACUCCAAAAUCAGGAACUACAUGGUUAAAAUCACUUUUAUUUGCUCUAGUAAAUCGAGUGAAACAUCCUAUUUUUGAAUCUAAUCACCCUUUACUCGUUGAGAACCCUCAUGUUCUUGUUCCAUUCUUGGAGCAUACACUUUAUUUUGAUGGUCGAACCGUUGAUAUUUCAACUUUCACUUCACCUAGACUCUUGGCAACUCAUGUGCCCUUUGCUUCAUUGCCAAAAUCAGUCCAGGUUUCAAAAUCCAAACUUGUUUACUUAUGUAGGAAUCCUAGAGAUACGUUUAUUUCUAUGUGGCAUUUUACAAAUAAUUUGUUACCUGAUCACAAAGAUACCGAUUCCAUUGAAGAAAUGUUUAAUCUUUUUUGUAAGGGGGUGAGCCUUUAUGGACCAUUUUGGAAUCACGUAUUGGAUUAUUGGAAACAAAGCAUAGAGAAUCCUAACAAAAUACUUUUUUUAAUGUAUGAAGAAAUUAAGAAGAAACCAAAAAUUCAGCUUAAACGCCUGGCUGAAUUUUUGGAAUGUCCAUUUUCCAUAGAGGAAGAAAAUUCUGGAGUGGUGGACGAUAUAUUAAAAAUGUGUAGCUUUGAGAAUUUGAGCAAUUUGGAGGUGAAUAGAAAUGGAAAGUUUUCAACUGGAGAGGCAUAUAAAGUUUUCUUUCGUAGAGGAGAAAUUGGAGAUUGGAAUAAUUAUUUUACUAUAGAGAUGAGUGAUAAACUGAAUCAUAUCAUUGAAGAAAAGUUUCAAGGAUCUGGAUUGAAGUUUUCAUAUGUUUGA